AUGUUGUCACCUCUUACGAACCCUUUUGAUGAGCUACUUGUCAACUGCCAAAAUAACCCCAAGGUGAUCCAAGCGCGAUACGAAACUCACCGUACAAACAGAAAUGCCCAGUUUCGGGAGAAACUCCUCCAUCAGGACUUCGCUGGCUGGCAAAUUGACGAGAUCCUGAGCAAGCUAGUCGCGCAAUCCGUCGUUCAAAAUGACGGUGAAGUCGCAGCGCCAGAAGCAGCACCGACAUUAGCAUUAGUAAAGUUUGUCGACCACCGUCAUAACUUGAAUCUCUACGCUCGGCCACCAAAGCACAUCAAAGAGCUGGUUGCUGAGAUUCAGCAGGAGAUUGUUGAUGUAGCACCUUCUCUCUGGUUCUCGCCUCCCGAGUCGCUGCAUAUCACAACGCUGGAGAUAGCCAGUUCAUGCACCCAAGAAGAAAUCGACGCCCUAGCUGGACGGCUCUUGCAGGACGGCACCGCACAGAAGCUCGCCAACUACAUACCUGAUAACAACCAUCGCGUACGCCUCGUCAAGCCCAUUGUCAGCUAUGACGCCUCGGCAAUGGCACUGAGCUUUCUCCCUGCCGCCGGAGAGCCUAUAGCGGUAGAUAAAUGGCCGCAUGAAGAUGCAUAUAGCUACCACCAUCUACGCCGAGACCUGGCCGCCACAGUCCUUGAGUCCGGAGUUGCAUUGGCGGCGAGGUAUGUUGUGCCUUCGGCGCACGUUACCAUUGCGAGAUUUGUGACCCAGAAUGGGUUCUUGCUUGACGAUGAGAAAAUGGAUGGCAGCAAUGUGGCUACAUUAGUCCAGAGGAUAGAGGGGGUGAAUGCGAUGUUGAAAGAGAAGUACUGGCCCCGAGAAGAUGGAGAGGAUAGUAUACCAGCGAAGGGAGAAUGGGUUGUUGGGCAGGAGCAAGGUUUGGAAUUUAACAAGGGGCCAUCGUGGUAUGGGGGUGGUGAGAAGGUGCUGGUCGGGAGAGCGUCUGAGUAA